AUGGGUUUACGAAUACUCAUUGUGGACGGAAACGACAACGUGGCGCACAGGAUUGAAGAGUUGAUUGUAUUUAGUCCAGAUAUUCUGACUGAAGCUUAUCUGCAGUCUUUUCCCGAAAAGGUUUACAAAGCUCGUAGCUCCAACGGGGUGGUGGAAGAAACCUACUGUCUAAUUCACUCCCAACCCUCCACCCUUGGUGCUACCAAGGAUCAGCAGCAGAGCGGGGCUGCGUGGUGGUCUCCUCGCGCCGCCGCCGUAUCCUAA